ACCCGGUAAUCAUAUCCUUUCGAAUGUACCUUUGCAUUUCUCUUUAUACGGUGGCACAAUCGUUGGUGGUCCGUUCGGGGGUUUCUCUCCCUUCGGCCAUCCACCGGCUGCCGUGUUGCCGCCGCCACGGCACGCCGCCUUUUAUCCACAGCCCAUCCUUUACUGGGGCUACCCGAGUCCGCCGGUUUCACCGACGACCUAUUACGGAACGGCCGCCCCAGUACCACCUCCGCCGCAUCACCUCGGCCAUCAGCAUCAAUCGCACAAUCACGGCCAACCGACGAUGCUAAACCUGAGUCCGGAUCAUCGGGGCCAACAGCGGAACAGUCAAACGGUGGCAUCACUGGGAUCGCUUGUGCCACGAUCGGCUGGAGCUCCAAGCUCCUCCAGCGAUUCAUCCACGUCUCAAUCGUCAUCGCCACCGCUUCUCUCGCCGACUGGCUCGGUAGCAACGACCGGUUCGAGUGUUGGUUCCAUAACUGGCCACACAGCUACCAGUGCCAGAGCCACGGGGACGAUUCGCACCUCUCCUCCGCCGCUCCUCAGCUUGCCGUUGGCCGCCACUACAUCUCAACCACUGGCCAUUCCGGUGACGACGGCGGCGGCCACUGGUCUCGCCGGUCCCGCCUAUCCAGGCUCGCAGCUUUCCCCUAUCCAAACGAUGCCACCACCAUCGGUUCACUUCCCACAUGCUGCGCCCCUUCUCGGUGCGACCAGCCCGCCUGGAGCGGCUUCGGCAACAUUCUACGAUCAUACAGCUGCGGCCCACCUUCACCAUCCGCACCAUCUCCAUCACCUUUCGCACCACGACAAACUGGUCACGGCCACUACAAGUAUCUUGACACCGUCACUGAUCCCAAGCCAGUAUGUGGAACUGUUUAUCGUCUAAAGGCGGUUUCCCAUCGUUUGUGUGGCUGUUCAGGAAAGUUCCCGGCCAGGUAGCCCAGGUAUGCUCGAAAACCCAUGUCGCGCGAAUGUUUGCAGUUAACCGGUGUUCACCGUCAAUCGCCGUCACGUGGCGGUGGUUGGUGCAGUGAUUGCAAGCCAGAAAGCGCAUCGUUGGAUAAAAGUUAGUCAAAUGUAGACAUAAGCCCAGAGCAGCUUGUGAUUCGUAUAUGUUUUGUCAUAGCUGUUUGAUCUAUAAGUUUGAUAUAGUUUGUUACGUUCAUUAAGGUUCAAUUUUGUUUAUUUCCAAGCGCCGAUAUUUGUCACCGCCGAUACCACAUAACUAGAAACUACUACUCGGUGACGACUGCUGAUCGUUACAAGCGUUACUUAGUAUUUAGCUGUAUCGAUACUGUUACCCUUUUCAAUCACUUGGGUAAAACAUUUUCAUUUGCUCAAAAUUUCGAGACGACUUCGAAUGCAGGAGAAACCCAGAGGACUUCGUUCACCUGUGGCAAGCGAAAGCCAUCGCUCAUGCUUCCGUAGCCACGCAAUCCUGGACGGAAUAUGAAUAGGUCUUUUUCAAAAAGUUUAUUGCAACGUUAAACGACAUUUUAUAACUUAUUUGUUAAUGUUUGUGUUUGUGUUUUUUUUUUAUUAUGAUUGACGUAUUUUAUGCUGUUGAUAAGAAUGAUACCAUUAUUAUUUGUUUAGUUGUUUAAGAAGAGCCGUGGGCAACUAGAAUUCUCUGUUGUUAAUCCGGAUGAGGAACAAUUCGGAUUACUAGCUGGCGGGAUAUUAACGAGCGAUAUUCGAGGGGGAAUAACGGUGGCAAACACCAGUCUUGGAAGACUUAAACCUGCGCGACCGCGUAAAGUGCUCUCAGAGCUUCGCUGUGUCCGCUCGCGGUACGAACUUCAGGCGUCUUUUGCGUUGACAUUUCGAAUGUCACCAUCAAAUUGAUAUUUAUGCGUAGAAGCAAUACGUGUGAACAAGAGCACGCAGAGCGUUGAUCUUUUGGAAUUGUGUGUGACCGUACGUGACUGGUGGUCGUGAGUUACAUUAAGGUGUUAGUUGUAGUAGCUAAACAGCACAAUAAAUCGUCCUUCGAUUAGCAUCCACAUUUGUUCACUCGAAAGUGGAGUAAUAACGGAGUAUCGGACAAUGCGAAAAUGUCACCAUUAUCUUCAAAAUCAUUGUUAUCAUCAUGCACAUAUUAGCUACCAUCAUCUAUAUAUAAGAAACUUUAUCUGUGCAAUCUUUGCCCCGUACUCGUACCGUUCUUAGCAUGGAACCAUUCUACCAUUUCCUGGGCGUUCCAUUUCCAUCACGCGAAGCGGGGAACCAUUACAGCAGGGACACAUGCAUUAGCAUUUAUCAAUACCUAUUGUAAUCUAAUCAAAAUCGAUUCCUACGGAUGAUACAUUUAAUGAAUGAAGAACGUAAAGUUGACGAAAAUUGCUUCACCAACAUAAAGUUCACGGCGCUCGGAGCUCCCGCAAUCGUGCAACCGAAUAAUCCUUACCUGACGAACGAUUGCUCAAUCACAAUUAGUACGAUAAUGGGGAGCAACUAAAGCCAAGCACUUUUAAUCUGGUGAGGUUUCGGGAAUGAAAACCGAAAUAGCUACGGAGCCGUUAUCCGUCAGACUUGUGCGAUACAACGAAAUGAUGAUGUGGAUUUCAAAGUGUUCAUGGACGCUGGAGAACAAUUUAAAAUUGUGUGAAAAUGGCAAUAUGAUAAACCGGCCAGCAAUGAGCUGUACCUAUAACACCGGAAUGGACCAAUUCUGUGCAAAACAAAGCUAGCCCUAGAGCGGAUGAAAGUCUUUGCAAUAAAGAUCCGAUACAA